AUGGCGGCCCUGAAGGCGUACGUGCUGCUGUUCACGGCCUUCUUCUUCUCCGGGCUCAUGCAGCUGUCCAUGGCAGCACAGGAGAAGCCGGGGACUGCCGUGGCGACGGCACGGGUGGUAGUCGACGCCAAGGCGAUCGAUCAGGCUGUCGCGUACCUGAUCAUGUUCGCUGCGCUCUUCGUCACCUAUUUCGCUUACUGA